AUGAGCAAGAACCUGCUCUCGGUGCCACAGAUUAACAGCCAUGGCAAGUUUCAAGUCGUGUUUGACGGGUCCAAGAUGUAUGUGACUCUCAAGAACUCACAGCAAGUGGUGGCGACAGCGGAUCUCGUGGAUGGACUCUACUGGCUUCGGACGACUCAACGAUCAGCAAAUGUGACAACAAGUGGAACCAGUUGUGCCGAUCUACAUGCGAGAAUGGGUCAUGCUCCAGUCGAUGUACUUCGCAAGCUGAUCGCGACCAACAUGAUCAAGGAUGUGCGAGUCCCUCUCAAAUCGGGUGGAGCAACUACAUGUCGAGGAUGUCAACAAGGGAAAAUGGUCCAAAAACCAUUUCCAAGCAACCGAGACAAGCGCAGCUACGAUAAGUGUGAGCUGCUUCAUCUGGACAUCUGUGGGUCCAUGGAAAACGAUUCGCUCGGUGGUAGCAGAUAUAUGCUACUGAUCGUAGACGAAGCCAGUGGAGUGGAUGCACGAAGGGCUUUUGUCUACGAGUGA